AUGCCUUCACUCACACCUCUCUACCCUCCAUCCCUCGCGCUCACACCGACUCACAGCAAAGAAGCUGUUGCUGGUGCUGCCGUUGACCCACUCGCCCUGGUGCGGCGGGUGCAGGCGGAAAUGCUCUGGCAGGCCCGCUGGCAGCCACCAGGAGGAGCGCGGGAAGGGGUUGCACAGCAGACUGGAGGGAAGGGGGGGAGGGGAGGGGAGAUGAAAAGAGGGAGAGACGGGGGAGGGAUGUGGCAGAGUGAUGCAGAAGUUUCCGACAGUCCCACCUAUCAGUCCCACCUAUCAGUCCCACCUAUCAGUCCUACCUAUCAGUCCCACCUAUCAGUCCCACCUAUCAGUCCCACCUAUCAGUCCCACCUAUCAGUCCCACCUAUCAGUCCCAAUUAUCAGUCCCUCCUAUCAGUCCCACCUAUCAGUCCUACCUAUCAGUCCCACCUAUCAGUCCCACCUAUCAGUCCCACCUAUCAGUCCCACCUAUCAGUCCCACCUAUCAGUCCCACCUAUCAGUCCCACCUAUCAGUCCCACCCACCUAUCAGUCCCACCUAUCAGUCCCACCCACCUAUCUGUCCCACCUAUCAGUCCCACCUAUCAGUCCCUCCUAUCAGUCCCUCCUAUCAGACCCACCUAUCAGUCCCACCUAUCAGUCCCACCUAUCAGUCCCACCUAUCAGUCCCACCUAUCAGUCCCACCCACCUAUCAGUCCCACCUAUCAGUCCCACCUAUCAGUCCCACCUAUCAGUCCCACCCACCUAUCAGUCCCACCUAUCAGUCCCACCCACCUAUCAGUCCCACCUAUCAGUCCCUCCUAUCAGUCCCACCUAUCAGUCCCACCUAUCAGUCCCACCUAUCAGUCCCACCUAUCAGUCCCUCCUAUCAUCAGUCCCACCUAUCAGUCCCACCUAUCAGUCCCACCUAUCAGUCCCACCUAUCAGUCCCACCUAUCAGUCCCACCUAUCAGUCCCACCCACCUAUCAGUCCCACCUAUCAGUCCCACCUAUCAGUCCCACCUAUCAGUCCCUCCUAUCAUCAGUCCCACCUAUCAGUCCCUCCUAUCAGACCCACCUAUCAGUCCCACCCACCUAUCAGACCCACCUAUCAGACCCACCUAUCAGUCCCACCUAUCAGUCCCUCCUAUCAGUCCCACCUAUCAGUCCCACCUAUCAGUCCCACCUAUCAGUCCCACCUAUCAGUCCCACCUAUCAGUCCCACCUAUCAGUCCCACCUAUCAGUCCCACCUAUCAGUCCCACCUAUCAGUCCCACCUAUCAGUCCCACCCACCUAUCAGUCCCACCUAUCAGUCCCACCUAUCAGUCCCUCCUAUCAUCAGUCCCACCUAUCAGUCCCACCUAUCAGUCCCACCUAUCAGUCCCACCCACCUAUCAGUCCCACCUAUCAGUCCCACCUAUCAGUCCCACCUAUCAGUCCCUCCUAUCAUCAGUCCCACCUAUCAGUCCCUCCUAUCAGACCCACCUAUCAGUCCCACCCACCUAUCAGACCCACCUAUCAGACCCACCUAUCAGUCCCACCUAUCAGUCCCACCUAUCAGUCCCACCUAUCAGUCCCACCUAUCAGUCCCACCUAUCAGUCCCACCUAUCAGACCCACCUAUCAGACCCACCUAUCAGACCCACCUAUCAGUCCCACCUAUCAGUCCCACCUAUCAGUCCCACCUAUCAGUCCCACCUAUCAGUCCCACCUAUCAGUCCCACCCACCUAUCAGUCCCACCUAUCAGUCCCACCUAUCAGUCCCACCUAUCAGUCCCACCUAUCAGUCCCUCCUAUCAGUCCCACCUAUCAGUCCCACCUAUCAGUCCCACCUAUCAGUCCCACCUAUCAGUCCCACCUAUCAGUCCCACCUAUCAGUCCCACCUAUCAGUCCCACCUAUCAGUCCCUCCUAUCAGUCCCUCCCAUCAGUCCCUCCUAUCAGAAAUGAGGGGACAGGAGCAGGUGAUGCAGAAGAUUCCGACAUGUCAACGAGCAGCAUGAGGGAGUGA